AGAUUCGUUAUCCUAUGAUUCGAUUCAUACUACUACUAUUUCAGGUAACACGUGCGAUAUCAUUAUCGAGUCCGGACGAUAUUACUUCUGGAAUUAUGAGGAGUGUUGUCUCCUCCUCGUCACCAUCAUCUGAGGACGUUAGCAGUGCGACUUUAGCCCAACUCGAAGCUAGAAGAGUGAAUGAAUUAAUUAAAACUACUGAGUCAACUGAAGAUAUGCCGCAAGAAUCUGUGAGCUCAUUUUCGGUGGACGCUAAACAUGAUAUUGAUGCAAGGGAAAGCAAAAUGGUGGAAUCCUUCCGCCGAUUUGAAAAAGAUGCUGAGAAAACAAUAGAAGCGAUCCUGUCACUUGAGCCGACUGAAACCCCUGCUGUUGUUGAGGAAGAGAAGAGCAGUAGCAGCAGCAAUUCUGUUGGGGACUUACCUCAGGUCCAAGAGGAAAGCUCGAAAAAAGGGCGUCGGCCCAGUAGACGGUAUAUAACCUUUCUGCGGACACUUAAUGAUCAUGAUGAUGAGAUUGAGGAACGCAAUGAGAAGGGCAGUCUUGUUACGCGUCAGGAGCUGUACACCGUAGCUCUGUCGACUCUGGUCGUGAUGUUCCUCAUGUCCAUCGGAGUUGUAUAUUUCGUGCAAUCAGAAGGGGAGAAAAUGAAUACUCAAUUAUAUGAUGCAUUUGCUUGCCAUAAUGCUUCAUUGGAAAGAGCAUGUGACUAUAGCGCAACGCUGAUGCAGAACCCGGGUUAUCAUCCCGUGUAUGCGACAACAGGCGGGGCUGCUCGACCGAGCUCAGGUGCAUAUUACAGACUAUAUUAGUCAUUAUUGAUGCCGUUUAAAUAAGCGCUCGCCCAUGUGAUCGAUAUCAUUAUUUUGUUUUCUAUCUGAUGGUACAUUUGGUGGCAUUUGGUAUUGCAUCGAUUUUGUUUGAA